GUGAGGCGCUCGGGUUCCGCUCGGGUCUAGCUCGUGGAAGCCGAAGCCUCUGCCUGCUCACCGUGUCAUCAUCAAAGAUGGAGCGCGCGCCGCUGUGAGCCGGACCCCCCUGCUCGCUACGCACAGUGCCGUCGGAGGAGCUCGCGAUGAUGUCCUCUUACUACCACCCCGCCAAGGACGCGGACAUGGCGGCCCUACCGGAGCCGCUGUGUCUGGAGAGAGAUGUGUGCAGGGUGAUCGAGCUGCUGGACCGGCUGCAGCGGAGCGGCGAGCUGCCUCCUCCCAAGCUGCAGGCCCUGCAGAGAGUCCUGCAGAGCAACUUCUGCGCCGCCAUCAGAGAGGUUUAUGAGCAGCUGUACGACACUCUCGACAUUGUUGGAGGACCGGAGGUGCGAGCGCAGGCAACGGCCAAGGCCACCGUGGCAGCCUUUGCAGCCAGCGAGGGCCACGCCCACCCGAGGGUGGUGGAGCUGCCCAAGACAGAAGAAGGUCUGGGCUUCAACAUCAUGGGGGGCAAAGAGCAGAACUCCCCCAUCUACAUCUCCAGGGUGAUCCCUGGGGGCGUGGCCGACCGCCAGGGAGGGCUGAAGAGAGGAGACCAGCUGCUGUCCGUCAACGGAGUGAGCGUGGAGGGGGAGCACCAUGAGAAGGCCGUGGAGCUGCUGAAGGCCGCCCAGGGUUCGGUCAAGCUGGUGGUCCGCUACACGCCCAAGGUCCUGGAGGAAAUGGAGGCUCGCUUUGAGAAGAUGAGGAGCGCCCGGAGACGGCAGCAGCACACCAGCUACUCAUCUCUGGAGUCCAGGGGCUAGCCAAUCCAACGCCUCUAUCCACCCGGACCGUUCAUUAAGUAGCUUACCAACAUCUGUUACCUGAACUUCUUUAUGAAGCCAACGCUGCGGUUUAGCAUAAUCUCCCCUCCCUCUUUCCAUAUUUCUUUGAGAUAUACAGAGUAAGCUUGUUGUUGGAUCAUGCCCGUCAUUUCAUCUCUCCAGUGUGAAAUCAUCCUCAGCAUGCUAUUACAUAAGGGCAACACACUCCCCGUGGUGUGUGGCUCCACUAGAACGUAGCCAUUAUAUUCUCAUGCCGUGCAUCCCUCAGCUAGACCUCAGUCGCACAGGAAGCACGUCUCCAUCACAUCUGGAGCCAUGAGCAGGAUGAAGAACUCGACUGCAUUCAGUGGCCUCUGUCAACGUUUGGAGAAUAAGACAAACAAACAUUCAAUUGUGUAUUUAUUGUUUUGCAUAAUUAUUCAUGAAAUAAAGUCUAAUUGUGUUCAUUCA